CUCCUGCCCCGGUAAAUCCCCUCGCACCGAACUUGCCACCCGAAGUUCUACCCACUUGCCCUCGGGCCGCAGCGGCACCGCUGAGCACGGGAGGCUACUAUCUGCCAACCACUGUGAUUGAGCCACGUUUCGUCACUGCGUCUCGUCUCGUGCACAACGAGUACAAAGGCCCGAGCUUUGCUACUUCUCGAAAAGUUGUGAGCAGACAUUUGUGGUUCGGAUCCCUCCAUCGUCUCGAUUCACUAAAGCCCGUACCAAGUUCUCGAUCUCGAUCAGUGACUGCCAAUGGCUGCUGUGACUGCUUCACACUUUAUCUCAACUAGCUCGCAUGCCAAAUAUGAGCCAGGCACUGAAUCAGAGCCUAGAGCCUUUCAAAUCAGAAGGAUACCAUACUUGAGGAGUGAAACCUCAGCUUAUCAUGGGCUUAGGGCACAGAAUCCGGUGAAUUUGGUUCAGAUGCGAACAGAUGCAAAGAUCACCUCUAGGCGAGGUAGGAGGGUUUCAAGAGAUUGUAGACCUUCAGCAGUCAUCUUAUGUGGAACUGGUAUGAACAUAAUCUUUGUUGGUGCUGAGAUGGCUCCCUGGAGCAAAACCGGGGGACUUGGCGAUGUUCUUGGAGGAUUGCCCCCGGCCAUGGCGGCAAAUGGACAUCGUGUCAUGGUAAUAUCCCCUCGUCACGAUCAAUACAAGGAUGCAUGGGAUACAAGUGUCAUAGCUGAAAUAAAAGUUGGGGAUGAAGUUGAACAAGUUCGCUUUUUCCACUGCUACAAAAGAGGUGUUGAUCGAGUGUUUGUCGAUCACCCCAUAUUUCUGGAAAAGGUAUGGGGAAAAACUGGUGGAAAAAUCUAUGGUCCUGUCACAGGAACUGAUUAUCAGGAUAACGAGCUUCGGUUCUGCCUCCUGACUCUGGCAGCUUUGGAAGCUCCGAGAAUUUUGAAUCUCACAAAUGAAUAUUUUUCUGGACCAUACGGUAAUUUCCCUUCUUUUCUUUUAAUUUUCUGCUUAAUAAUUAUCAGGCCUAGUAUGUUCAACAUCGCGAUUCUUUUGCAUCACUCACUUGCAGGAGAAGAUGUGGUGUUUGUUGCUAAUGAUUGGCAUACUGCUCUUCUUCCAUGUUACAUAAAGAGUAUGUAUAAAUCAAAAGGUAUAUACAAGAAUGCCAAGGUUGCUUUCUGCAUUCAUAAUAUCGCCUACCAAGGAAGAUUUGCCUUCUCAGAUUUCUCACUUCUUAAUCUUCCAGAACGAUUUAAAUCUUCAUUUGAUUUUAUGGAUGGCUACGACAUACCUGUGAAAGGAAGGAAAAUAAAUUGGAUGAAGGCUGGAAUAAUUGAAUCAGAUAGGGUUGUUACUGUUAGUCCCCAUUAUGCCCAAGAACUAAUCUCAGGAGAAGACAAAGGUGUGGAAUUGGACAAUAUUAUAAGAAUGACUGGUAUCACUGGGAUUGUGAAUGGGAUGGAUGUUCAGGAGUGGAAUCCAAUGAAGGAUAAAUACAUUGAUGCCAAAUACGAUGAAGCAACAGUGACAGAGGGCAAGUCUCUAAACAAAGAAGCAUUGCAAGCAGAAGUUGGAUUACCUGUAGAUAGGAACAUUCCUGUCAUAGUUUUCAUUGGAAGAUUAGAAGAGCAAAAGGGUUCGGAUAUUCUAGCAGAAGCAAUUCCAGAGUUCAUCGACGAAAAUGUUCAGAUAAUAGUUCUUGGAACUGGAAAGAAGAAGAUGGAGAAGCAGCUUGAAGAAUUAGAAGAGAAAUAUCCAACCAAGGCUAGAGGAGUUGCUAAGUUCAAUGUCCCGCUGGCUCACAUGAUGAUAGCUGGAGCUGAUUAUAUUAUCAUCCCAAGCAGAUUUGAACCAUGUGGUUUGAUUCAGUUGCAAGGCAUGCGUUAUGGAACGCUUCCCAUCUGUUCCUCCACAGGGGGUCUUGUGGACACUGUAAAAGACAUGGUCACUGGAUUCCAUAUGGGUGCCUUCAAUGUUGAGUGUGAUGCCGUUGAUGCAGCUGACAUAGCAGCAAUUGCCUCAACUGUCAAAAGAGCUCUUAAAGUCUACGCUACACCUCUCUUCAGAGAGAUGAUUCAGAGCUGCAUGGCCCAAGAUCUUUCAUGGAAGGGUCCUGCAAAGGAAUGGGAGCAAAUGCUUCUGAGCCUAGAUGUAGCUGGCAGCGAGCCAGGAGUUGAUGGCGAGGAAAUUGCUCCCCUUGCAAAGGAAAAUGUGGCCACUCCGUGAAUGAGUUUCAUGAAUGAUGACUUGAAUUUUCAAUGUUAUAUUGUAUGCUACACUCCUAACCGGCAACUCCUCAACAAGCUAACAGUGUGCAGGUCUCCAGCUCCUAAUGUGGUCCAGUAGUGCUUUGAUGUGAUUAUGACGGUUAAAUGGAAAUGGUGUUGUUCAAAAGAGAUCUAUGAAAUUAAUUUUUGAGAAUUUGCUAGCAAGUUCUCUUUCUUAAUCUU